AUGACGAGGGACGAAAGGGGAAAAAGUAUUGGUGUCAUUUUAUACAAACUGGUUUGCGGUGAUUUACCGUUCAAUGCACCUGCAUAUCAUGAUUUAAGGUACCGGGUGACUAGAUGUCCAUUUCGAGUACCGUUUUAUCUGUCCACAGACUGUGAAAAUUUGUUACGAAAAAUGCUUCACAAAAAUCCAAAGCGGCGUGCAACAAUUGCUGACAUCAAAUCACAUCCGUGGAUGACAAAAGAUCCGUAUGCGUUCAAUGCGUUACGUACCCUGCGUAGACCAGUGCCAGAUUUCUUGAAUCCAAAUGAUGGAAUUGUAACGUUCAUGGAAAAGUCGUUAAAUAUUUCCAAGGAAAAGGUCGUCGAAGCAUGCCAAAAUAAUAGCCGUGACGAUGUACAAGCAUGGUAUACGUUGCUUUGGGAAUUGGUUUACUUGAAAGAUGUUGUGAAAGAACAAACAAAAACUGCGGUGAUUACGGCCAGCGGUAGUGGUGGUACAACAACAGCUAAUUCAACUGCUAAUGAACAGACAAGUGAAAUAAGUGAAUUAAAUCGGGGUACUUCGGCUGUGCCAAACAGUUGGAAUGUGACAUCGCCUGGAAAACUGGACGAGAAAGUAGAAGGUGAAAGUGUCGCUGAUCAUUACGGUGAUGUAGGGGAAGUAUCGGAUGGAACAAGAAAAUUGGAAAUGGAAGAAACGGAAGUUGAUGACGCAAAGUUGGAUGAAACUGUUGAUUCACAGGCGAAGAUAUCUACAGGAGAACAUGUCCUGACCAGACAGUCUACAACUGCGACAAUUACUUCGUUGGAUGAAGGAUUUGAAACCGACGCUCACACGUCGUCGGCAACCAUUGAUAAUUCAAAAGAAUUAACUACUAAAACUGCUGCAUUAAGAGCUGCAUCGUUACCACGUGAGGCUCCUGAAUCUGGAGCUACAGGAAACGUUGGAGCUAAUGAGACCUCCACAGCAACAAACGCUUCCACAGUUACUGCCGUCGCUCAAACCACUACUGCCUGCAGCAACAGCGCUGCCAUUGCAACAACAACUGCCGUCGCAGAAACGAGUGAAUCUGAAAAUUCGUCAACGGCACGACCGUGGUCUUCGCAACAGCCUGAAGUUCAAUAUCCGAGCAACAUUGACACUGAACAUAAGGACAACGGGAAACCACGUGAUGAAAACAGUUUACAAACAGAAUUUACGAAUAGGGUAGAAAGAUGCGGUGAUAUUGUUGAAAAAUAUGUUGGCAUACGAUGGCAGAACUAUGGUUUUUUACCAGGAAAAUUAAAAUUGUCGAAUGCAACUGAACAGUUAGACGAAACUGCACAAUUUUCGGGAAAAACCGCUGAUGCAGGAGAGCCGUCUGAUGUCAGUGUUAUCGAAUCAACGGCAGCGCCAAAUACGGCAAACACGAACAUCGCCUCUCUGAAGAAGCCGUAUUCACCAGCUGGUGCUCCCGGCUUACAGAAGAGAAUAUCACUGUCCGAAGAUUUGGAAUUCCAACCACAUAAGCUGUUGAACAUUAAACAGAGCCUCUAUGUUGAGCAGCAGAUAUCCGAUUUACCUGAAUCUGAACUGUUAAAACAGGCACAACGGUUUCGUUUGGUGCGACAAUUACAGUUGAAAAAUCGAUUAAGUCAUGCACGACAGCAGAUAAAUCAAAAACAUUAUGGAUAUAUUCAUCUUCCGCCAAUUUUACCGGAAGAACCGGCCUGUUUACCGCAGUCAACAUUCGAUACUGAUGAACGAGGUGGCAAUGUCACUGAUAUGAGUUAA